AUGGCGAUGGACGGAAUCAUGUCCACGUCUUCGGGUCUAUCUUACCACAAUGCCGGUGACUUUUACCCCAGAAAGUUCGGCACGAAGCCCGACGUGGUGCCGUCAGGGGUGACCGAGAGGAAAGUGGGUCCGCUGGAUAAACCUGACAUGGUGUCAGUUGAUGUCAUUAACAUCAAUGAUUCAGAUGUCAACUUGCACAGGAAGAAGCAUGAACAUGACACAUACGUCUUGGGAACCAUUCAUCCAUUCAGGAAGACGCACAGAUCCAUCUUUGGGAAACUUGUGCAGGAAUUGAGACUGGUCUCCUCAGAUAGACGGUCGUGGAGGAUCCUGCUGUUUGGGGCUCUCAACCUGCUGUGCACCGGCUGUCUGCUGAUGUGGUGCAGCUCUACCAACAGCAUGGCCUUAACUGCCUACACUUACCUCACCAUCUUCGACCUUUUUAGUCUGAUCACCUGUCUCAUCAGUUCCUGGGUGACCAUGAAGAAACCCAGUCAGGUCUACUCCUUCGGGUUUGAAAGAUUGGAGGUUCUGGCGGUGUUUGCUUCGACUGUUCUUAUACAACUGGGAGCAUUGUUCAUCCUGAAGGAGAGUGUGGAGCGCUUCAUGGAGCAGCCCGAGGUCCACACCGGUCGUCUGUUGGUCGGGACCUUCGUCGCUCUCUUCUUCAACCUGCUGACUCUGCUGUCUGUCAGGAACAAACCCUUUGCUUACGUCUCUGAAGCGGCCAGCAGCAGUUGGCUUCAGGAACAUGUGGCAGAUCUAAGUCGAAGUUUGUGUGGCAUCAUUCCAGGUCUGAGCAGUGUGCUGCUGCCUCGUAUGAAUCCGUUCGUCCUGAUCAAUAUGGCAGGAGCUCUUUCCCUCUGCAUCACCUACAUGCUGAUAGAAAUCAAUAACUAUAAUGCAGUGGACACAGCGUCUGCAGUCGCCAUCGCUCUGAUGACCUUCGGCACCAUGUAUCCCAUGAGCGUCUACAGCGGCAAAGUGCUGUUGCAGACGACGCCGUCGCACAUCAUUGGCCAGCUGGACAAACUGCUCAGAGAGGUGUCAACGCUGGAAGGAGUUCUUGAGGUUCGCAACGAGCACUUCUGGACUGUUGGCUUUGGAUCUCUGGCUGGCUCCGCUCACGUCCGUAUUCGCCGGGAUGCCAACGAGCAGCUAGUUCUAGCUCACGUCACCAACCGACUGCUGCCGCUCGUCUCCACAUUGACCGUCCAGAUAUUUAAGGAUGACUGGACCAGACCGCUCCUCACAGGGGCCCUCUCAUCCUCCACCUCUGUGCCCCCCCUGGGUGCUGCUGAAGGCUACACCUCUGUCUCUUCCUCCUCUAUGCCUCCUCUGUUGUACUCCUCCGCUGGAGAGCUGGACCCGCUGACCUCGACGCCCUCCAAACCCAGCAGCCCUCCUCCAGAGUUCGCCUUCGACACACCUGGGAGGAACAUGCAGCCGAUGGUUCUCCCCACGCCAGGGCAGCACACCCACAGGCCAUAUGGAGGCCUGGGACUCGCCUACGGAGCGUACCCCUAUGCAGGGAUGCCGAGUCAGGGCAUUGCUCGGCCUGGAGGUGGACUUGGACUUGGUGUGCAGGGCUUAGGGGCGGGGUAUGGACUGGGUGUGGGUGGGAGCGGCGUGCCUUCCUCUCAAAGCUACAGAACUGCCUAUGGAGGGUCGACAGCGCCACUCAGGUUUGGAACCAGCAACCCUCUGGCUUCACAGUCACAGUACAGACAGAACAGACCCUGAUUGUGCUGAGCUAGAACUUUGCCUCUGUACCUCCCAAAGACUUUUUUCAUGAUGGAGGUCAAGGUCUCUAAAACUGAUGGGAUUUGUUUCUUUGGCAGACAGGUCAGUCUACGCUACAACCGUUGGUUCCCAAUGCAACAACAGGACGGUAACUUUAGAGAAUCUGAGUUUGGUGUAAAAUCUUGUAGUGUGCAUCUCCCCUGAAUGUUCAGGAGUGAUGGUGGGUGUGGUGGGGUAUUUAUUUUACUGAAACGGGGACCACAGUGCCAGUAAAACUCAAAUCUAACAAGUGUAUUUGUCUCAUUCUAGUCCAAAAUAUCUCAAUACACUUACACACUACACUGCAAAUGCAGCAAGCAAAUUGUCCAUGUUCAGUGUCUUAAAAUGAGAUGUGCCAAAUAAUUUAGAGUGCAUCUCAUUUUAUGACCUAAGUAAAAUCUGCUUUCAACAUUGAAAAUACUGAAAAGCAACGCAUUCCUUAUAUUUUGCUUUUUCUGUCUUGAAAUAUGAUUUGCAUCUGGACUUAGCAGGUGAAAAUGGAUUAUAAUAAGUGUUAUGAGAUUUUUUUUUUUUUUUUACUAGAAUAAGACAAAAGCACUUCCUAAGAUUUGAGUUUUUGUAGUGUAAGAGAAGGACUUCUGGUUGGAUAUGCUUUUUGUUUUUUUAUUAGGAACUUGCAAAACCACCUCAUUGUGGGACAAACAAUGUGUCCAUACUAAUUGUAACUUUUGUAUGAGGAAACACUGGGAGGAAAGUUGUUUGAGACAGCGUUAAACAUUCCUUAUGAGCGAAAAGAGAAAUCUUCCAAUUAGAAUUUUAAAAAAAGAUUCGGCUUCAGACAUUUCAGAGAGACUUAAACUCAAACAGUUUGACAGUUAACAUGAGGGAAGUCCUCGAUCACAAUAACAAGAAAACUCAUAUUGAAGAGGAAAGGGGUUUCAAUACUCAAAACAGCGUACUGGACCAAAUGGAGUGAGAAGAUUGACGGUUAGAAACUGAUUAUGAUUUGAAAAAAAAAAAAAAACAGUUAAAUGUUCUGUUGUCACUUGAAAAGCAUUAAUUCAUCUGCUUCAAAGUGUUGCCUUAAAGUGUCCUGAGUGUUUUUACAGUCACCUGUCCUGGAUUCAUACAAAAUGUAUUGUUCCAUACAAAAACAUGUGACUGUUUAUAUGUGUAAGUAAAGGCUGAGAUCUGUCCUGCCCUCUGUUCUGAUAAUAUUUCUCCCUUUUUUUUUUUUCAGAUUCAAAUUUGUUCUUGGAAUAAAAGAAAUGCUCUUUAAUUGGCACAGUUAUUACAUCACACGAUUUAGUCUGCAGAACUACUACCGCUGCUUGAUUAAAACUGUGAAACGUCAAAUCAA